AUGGCAGGAGGAUCUCGCAAAUCACGAAGCGUCGCCGGCGGCCCCGCGGCCCCCAGCACAACCCUCGUCCUCGACAAUGGCGCUGACACGAUCAAAGCCGGGCUCAUCCCGACCGGGAGCAGUGGUGGCGACGACAAUACCCCGACCCAGCUGCAGCCGCGCAUCAUCCCCAACUGCAUCGCGCGCGACCGGCACAAAAAGAUUUACGUCGCAUCCGAGCUAGACAAGUGUCGCGAUUUUGGGGAGAUGGCAUUUCGACGACCGGUCGAGAAGGGGUACAUCGUGAACUGGGAGGCGCAGAAGGAAAUUUGGGAGAGGGAGUUUUUUGAUGAGAAGGCGCCGUUGAGAUGUGAUCCCGCAGAGACGAGGCUCGUGUUAGCUGAACAGCCAAACGCGUUGCCUGCGUUGCAGACGCAUUGCGAUCAGAUGAAUAUGCCCGUAACCCUUCCCGCCGAGAUUAUGCUGCUCAUCGACUCAGGCUACUCCCACACCACCAUCACUCCACUCCUGCAAGGCCGUCCGCUCCACCCCGCCAUCCGCCGCCUUGACGUCGGCGGCAAGCUCAUGACCAAUUACCUCACGCGUCUAAUCUCCAUGCGCCACUUCGACAUGCGCAAUGAGACAUAUGUCGUGAACGAGAUGAAAGAAGCGGCGUGCUAUGUGUCGCUGGACUUUAAAGGGGAUCUAGAGAAAACAUGGAAGGGAACAAGAGAUGAGAAACGGAAAGAUUGGCUUACGGGCGCUGGGAUCGCAAAGGACUACGUCCUGCCAGACUCGCAUACACGCUUCCAUGGUGUGCUGAGGGACUAUGACCCGAACGCGUCCCGCGCGAGGAGGGGAAUUCCGAAUACGGAGGAUGUGUUGACGCUGAGGAACGAGAGGUUUGUUGUGCCUGAGCUGCUGUUUCAUCCGAGCGAUAUCGGCUUGCGGCAGCCGGGGUUGGCGGACUUGAUCAUGCAGUCGCUUUCAGUGCUGCCGAUUGGACUGUGGCCAGGGUUGUUGGCGAAUGUUGUUGUCGUUGGGGGGAACGCAAAGUUUGAGAACUUUAUUCAGAGGUUACAGAUGGAGUUGCUGGAGAGAGUGCCGACUGAGUGUGUGGUGCGGGUAGCUAGGCCGGAGAAUCCAAUUAUCAGCACUUGGUUAGGGGCAAGCAAUUUUGCUAGGCAUGAGCAUGUCGAGCGGCUGGCGGUUACGAAGCAGCAGUAUGAGGAGUAUGGAGCGGGAUGGGUGGCUAGGAAGUUUGCUGCCGGGCUUGGGGUGGACUCCUGA